UGGACAUCCCAAUCAGACGGUCUAGAAAACUUAGCUAUCAGUCCACCAUCUUUAAAAAGAAGUUCGAGUGUGAAGAAAUCCUCAGCACAACGCAGUCCAUAUAGAGACAGAUCUUCUAUCAGUCGUAGCUCUGAUGUUAUAGAUGCUAGUGUGCCCAAAGAACUGCCCAGACCAGACCUGACUAUCAUCGAGGUGUUUAAACUUCUGUCUGAUGAUGACUGGGAGAAGAAAAUCGAGGGUCUGAAUCUGGUACGAUCGCUGUCC